CCAAUCAGACGCUUUUUUUCCUCAAGCAAAGACUAGAUAAGUUGUGAGACCGCUAGCUAGUCUGGAGUAAGUGUGAAUCAGAAUGGAUGCAGUACCCUGUUGUCUAGCACUAAUGGUCCUGCUAGUUGGGACUGGGAUGCAGGAAACUCACGCCUUACAGUGCUACUGCCCCCAUUGCUUGAACUCCACCUGCAACACGGAUGGGCUCUGCUUCGUUUCCGUCAAGAGGUCGGGGGCCAAAUUCACCACCCAGAUGAUGAUGUGCCUGUCGGAGAAGGAGCUCAUCCCCCGCGACCGACCCUUCGCCUGCGCGCCCUCCACGAAAGACGACAUCGGGGUGUACCCCAUGUGCUGCAGCACGGACCUCUGCAACAAGGACCCCAACAUCACAGCUCUCCCUCCUCCAGUCCCCCCAGAGAAGCCCCUGCCCCUGGGGCCGGUGGCGCUGGCGGCGCUGAUCGCGGGCCCCGUGUGCGUGCUCUGCUUUGUCCUGCUGCUGCUCUUCUACAUCUGCCAGCGCCGGCCCGUGGUGCACCAGCGCGUGCCCAACGAGGAGGACCCCUCCAUGGACCACCCCUUCAUCUCCGUGGGAACCACGCUCAAAGACCUCAUCUACGACAUGACCACCUCCGGCUCGGGCUCAGGUCUCCCCCUGCUGGUGCAGAGGACCAUCGCCAGGACCAUCAUCCUCCAGGAGAGCAUCGGGAAGGGGCGCUUCGGGGAGGUGUGGCGGGGCAAGUGGCGCGGCGAGGAGGUGGCGGUGAAGAUCUUCUCCUCCCGGGAGGAGCGCUCCUGGUUCCGCGAGGCCGAGAUCUACCAGACCGUCAUGCUGCGUCACGAGGACAUCCUGGGGUUCAUCGCCGCGGACAACAAAGAUAACGGCACGUGGACGCAGCUGUGGCUGGUGUCGGACUACCACGAGCACGGCUCGCUCUUCGACUACCUGAACCGCUACACGGUCACGGUGGAGGGCAUGAUCAAGCUGGCCCUGUCCACCUCCAGCGGGCUGGCCCACCUGCACAUGGAGAUCGUGGGGACGCAAGGCAAGCCGGCCAUCGCCCACCGCGACCUCAAGUCCAAGAACAUCCUGGUGAAGAAGAACGGCACGUGCUGCAUCGCCGACCUGGGCCUGGCCGUCCGCCACGACUCGGCCACCGACACCAUCGACAUCGCCCCCAACCACAGGGUGGGGACCAAGAGGUAUAUGGCACCAGAGGUCCUGGAUGACUCUAUAAAUAUGAAGCAUUUUGAGUCGUUCAAGAGGGCGGACAUAUACGCCAUGGGCUUAGUAUUCUGGGAAAUCUCGAGCAGGUGUUCCAUUGGAGGCAUCCACGAGGACUACCAGCUGCCCUACUACGACCUGGUGCAGUCGGACCCCUCGGUGGAGGAGAUGAGGAAGGUGGUCUGCGAGCAGAAGCUGCGGCCCAACAUUCCCAACAGGUGGCAGAGCUGCGAGGCUCUGCGGGUGAUGGCCAAGAUCAUGAGGGAGUGCUGGUAUGCCAACGGGGCGGCCCGCCUCACCGCGCUGCGCAUCAAGAAGACCCUGUCCCAGCUGAGCCAGCAGGAGGGCAUCAAGAUGUAGCGCCCCCCUCCUCCCCCUCCCUCCCUCCUUCCCUCCCUCUGGCGCGCUCUUCUUCUGGCGCACUCGCUCCUCCUCGUUGAAGCAGACUGAAGCUUUCUUUUUUGUAAAUGUUUCGUUUCUCCGUCUGGACGUCCCGGGUCGGCCGGAUUCCGAAAGGGUGUGUUGCACUUCGCCACGGCGACCGCGGCUGCCGGCCCCCGCCGCGUAGGACGGCCAGGACGCGGGGACUCCGCCCUGUCCUUCACGCACAACCUCCACACUACCACCCUUCCCGCCUCCUCCCCCCGCCCACACACACACACACACACACACGCCCCCUCUCUGUCUGAUGGUGUCUGUGAUUCUGUGUGAGUUCUUUCACUCCCCCAGGACUUCCACAGUCUGCUGUAGGCCCCGCCCGCUCUUAACCACAGGUUUUUAACAGCUCUGAGAAACUAGGAAGGACAACGCAUCAAAAAAUAUAUAUAUUACUGGUCGUAAUGCUUUGGUGACAGUGUAUAGUCAAGGAAAGUCACCUGACUUGUGGCGGGAGGGCCUGUUGCAUUGGAAAAACAGUGUUCCACAAGAACAGGACGAACCGUUUUAAUUUUGUGUGUAGUGUCAGGUACGCGAUGUGCAUUUUAAUUCAUUUUAUGCCUUCGAGUGAUGAUCGCUGGUCAUGGGAUCAUCUCUUGAGAAUGUAUUGCGCCCCACCCCCCGCUCCUCUCUUACGUGCAUUUCACAGAGAAGCGUUACUUAUUCAUGAUGGUUUUUUUUGCAAACGAACUGGACACGACCUCAUUCAGUCUUGGCAAACAUGCUGUGACAUAUGCAAUAUAAAUAUAUAUUUUAUAUAUUUUACUGCUCUGUACUUCAACCAUGCCUUCCAAGCCAGGUGUUGCCAGAAAGUGCCACUGCCCUUCACCGGUCCCCGUUCCCGCCCGGCCCGCGUGCCAGAAUCCCUCCCCGAAGGUGCUCACGUUUUUUUGGGGGGGGGUUUUUUCGGAGAAGCUUCCUCCAGGUGGCGCUCACGGGCAGCGGGCCUCUUUAUGCACAUGGAGGGAGCGCGCGGGGCGGGCGUCGGGGACCGUCGCGAAGCCAACCCACCGGGUGCCAUGCCUCUGCUCUUCCACUCCGGCUCAUCCUCAUCCUCACGCCGACGUCGGGGGUAACCUCGCCCCCCGACCCCACCCCCCCGUCCGUCACUCACAACGGAACGCAGUCAUCUCCAAAAAAAAUAAAAUAAAACGUGCGGAUUACGCCAGGGGGUCAGCCAGACUGAGGUUUCUGUGACUGCAGGAAAAGGCCACCGCACGAGUGGCAUUGUGGGGAAACAAAAUGGCAAAAGCAUUAUGACGUUACUCUUAAAAACAUGCAUUUCUAUUGUUGUUGCGUUAUUCUUUGUGUGCAUAUAUUAAUCCGUUGUACAAAGGUCUAAUUUAAGGCGUUGAGGUAUGUUCAUUGAGAUAUAGCAAAUGGAUAUUUACUAAGCCAUAUGUUUUCCAACGUUUUGUGGCAACUUUUUUCUACUAGAAUGUACAUUUUAAAAAAACAAAAAAAAGAAACAGCUGUUACAUAUGGACUACUUCAUGUUUAAUGUGUGUAAGCCUUAAGGGACCAAUGGAAGGCUUCAGGUUUGUGUAUUUUUGUUUUUGUAAAAAGAUGAAAUUCUAUUGAAGUAGCUACCGUAUUCUAUGUGAGGAAAAAGUAAAUGUAGCACCAGACGUAAACAUUUAUAUUUCUAACAAAUUAAGGAACCAUUUUACCACACAGAUGCAUGAUAAAUUAAUAUUCAGACUGGAACUUUUAUUUUAUUUGUCUGAGCAGUGGAUUAUUGUUUUCACCAUUGCUGAAGGUCUCAUUUGCAGAGUUCUUUCGAGGAAAAUGUACAUUUGGAUUUUUGGUGCUUGUUUGUUACUAAAGUGACUCAUUCAUUAGUCCUAUUCUCUUCUCUGUACUGUGAUGUCAGUCUAGCUGCCUGUGCGUCCAGCUAGAUAAAUUAGGUAGGGAUGUCACAUUUAAGCUCUAAAUGUCCCAGAAUGCAGUAGCCUUUAUUAAGUGGCAUCAUCAUUUUUGGCAAUUACGAUAAUUUUAUAUGCUGGUUGAGAAUUAAUUCAAUAAAUUAGAAAACAUUCUUGCACUCAGUAUGGAGUUGGCAGAGGCGCAAGCUUGUCCUAGAGAUUUAGCGGAGGGCUGGAUAUACACCACUGCAGUAUAUGCUUCAUCGUGGUAGUGAAGAAAUUCAUUCAGCCAUGCAAAGGCUGGGUGUAUGAGUGGACAAACCUGUACAAGACUUAAGGAUAGCAAGCCUGCUAAUGCUAGUGUAAUGUGUAAUACAGCAUUAAAUCAGCAGGAGUACACUCACAGGGAUGACUCUGUGUAUGCUCUGCAAACCCAUGUGAAAAAACAGUAUGCUGAAGUAUUCCUGACGCAUGCCAUUUUAUACUUAAGAGUGUUUGAAGUGUAAUUAAAGUUUAUAUCAAGCAUGCUUGAUGUAUUCUUUUUUUCACAUGGGAAGGACGCUGCAACUCUGCAUACUUAUUGGCCAAUUUAUGCUGGAUGUGUUGCAUGCACCACAACUAAGUUACUCCCCAAGUAAAUUUCUGGAAGGUCAUUACUCCAACAUCACGGUGUUCUUCUUUGGUCUUUGUUAGUCUCCCCCAUUCUCAUGUUAGAACCUCCUGCUCUGAUUUUUCUUUCUUUUUUAAGAAAAAUUUACAUUCUCUGACCUAUUCUGAAUAUUUCUGUUUCUAUUCCAUUUCAACACCAAUCAAAUUAUAAAAUUAAAUGUGCACCAAAAACUUUUUCCAAGCAGAAAAAGAAUUGGAAAUUUUUUUGUAAUUGUUGCUGGAACUGAAAAAUUGAACUGACGAGGUGCAUAAAUGACUAAAGCUGUCCCCUCAUGAACUAAGGGAGACUUGUUUCCUCGCCCCCCAAGCUAUGCCUGUGGUUUCAAGCAUAUGCUGCUGUGUUUAGGGAAAUGCAUAUCGUAUCAUAUGUAUUUACCAUAAUGAUAACGCAUGUAUACCUUUGAGGGCGGGAAAGCCAUUAAAUAUACGACUGACACUACUAAACAAAUUAAUUAUUGGAAGUGAUUGUUGCUUUUAUUCCAGUUAGCAUUAAGUGCACUUGUGCGAAGCAUUUACUAAUGCAUAAAUGUGUGGUAAAUAUGGUCCUAUGUAAUAUUACGAUUUUGAUGUUGAAUUUCUGACUGCAUUGUAAUGGCCACUGUGCUGCUACAGUUUCCCAAUUUGUUGUCUGUCUGUGUACAGGAACAAAAAGGGGACAAAAUGCAUUCUGGGCAAGCUCUGUGAUUGAGUCUACAUUUUCUAAAUGCUUGAAAAAAUGUGCUAUGAAGUUCUUUGACUUAGUGGCCACUUUCGAAAAGCUGAGCCAUUUAAAAUGACCCCAGCUUCAAACGCAAACAGUUAAAAUGUAUCCCCUGAGGUAGCAAUUACCCCCUCCCUCAAACAUGAUUGGUAGAAUAUCUGUCAGAAUUACAGGUUUGCCAGUUAAGAAAAGAGAUUUCCCCUGCAAAAAUAGUGUGCCAUGAAAAAAAUACGUGAUUGAUUUGUUACAUGUUGAAAUUGUAAAUCUCCAAAGUGUAGUGCAUUCAAAUUUGUGUAUAGAAGAAAAAUAUGUAUCAUGUAUGUGAGACGCAGAGGUUUUGUGUCAGCAGUGAAAUGUCUGUACAGAGUGAGAGCUCGCCCACUGUAAGAGGUGACUGGAGGUUGCUGCUAUAAAACACGUUCGACAAAAAAAACGAAGGAAAAUCAUUUGGGAUGAAGGAAUGAGUCGUGCAGAUAAAACUGAGGAAGAGGAUGAUGUAGUAAGCUCAGCCUUGUUCUCUGGGACUUGACAUUUGAUAACUUUUGCAGUGCUGUCAUAGUCAUGACUUGGCCAUUGUCUUUUUUAAAUUUUAUUGCAUUACCCUCAGCCUUUUUUUAAAAUCACCGGCAGCCUUUAGUGUCCAAAUCAAAAGUAACCGAGCUGAAAGAGUACGCAUCCAGGUAUUUUUCUGUGACAUCCGGGGUUAUGUACGGCCACACCAGCUUUGAGCAACAACAGCCGUGUCUCGCCUCCUCCGGUUUCCACAGAACGGGACUCGUCUUAAUGGCGUCUCCCACAAUGAACUCGUGGAGUCUCUCACCAGCUGGUACCGGCGCCCUUUCAAUGUCAAACGCAGCGCCUCGCCGUUUCCUGUCCAGCGCUGCCCAGAUGCGGGCGGGCGAGCGAAUGGGCCGGCGGGCAGAUUCAAAGCGACUGCCCAUCUGUUUGUGUGAGCCGCUCGGGGUGGGCGUUACCCUGUCGUGACCCGAACCGCGCGUACGUAAUGAUGUGUAAAAUAAAUAUCUGACCAGAUGUGCAGUGCUUUUCACCACUCAAACCCUUGGAAGAUCUGGUCUAUAAUACAAAUGGGGCUUCUUACAAUAUGCAUCUUUUCAUUCAGAAAUGUUGAGAAAUAUACCCCAGUGCAGGACUAAGUAAAUUUAUGGAGCUUGCUUUAAGUGAUACAAGAGACUGCUCAUGAGUUUGCAGUGGAGAGCAUUGGUGGGAAGUUUCUGAGGGUUUCCUAGUUUGUUGUCAAAAUAUGCAACGAAUCAUCUUUAUGGUGCUCCUGACUGACUUAUAGAAGUGGUCCAACAUUCCCGAGGUAUGUGGCAAACUAGAGCACAAUUUACAUAAUUGAAUAAUUUUACAAAUAUGACUGGAUAGCGCUCCCGACUCAAAACAUCCCUUGCCUAUAUUUAUGCAAAUUUUAGGGCCACUGGGUCAUUAGGCUUUCUUUCAAUACGAGGCUUAAUUGCUCAGUUUAAUUAUCUGUUCAAAUUAAGCCUGUUUCCCCAGUCCAUGUUCUGAAGGAAGGCCUAUGAGGGAUGGUGGCCCAUGAGGACCAAACUUGAGGACCCUCAAAAAUGCAGUGCUGCCAAAUGUGUGGUUUUUAUUUUUAUUUUUUUACAUUUUCUGGGGGAAAGGAAGGUUCAGGUCUCAAAAGGGUGCAAUUUGCUUUAAAGCGACUGAGGGGCUUUUCACUAGUUCAUUUGGCUGCUGUAGUUAGACCAUUGUGUACAGAUAGCAGAAAGCUUUAUUGCAUUUUUAGUGCCUGAGUUUGACUAUUUUAUUUGACCUUCACCUAGAAUGACGCACUGCUUGUGAUUUUGCUUUAGAAAUAAAUUAGAACAUUUAAAAAUAAAAAUGAAAUGAAAAAUAAGAACUCAAACUCAAAAAGAAAAAAAUACCUCCUCUUAAGACCAAUGUGUUUUACCUCAGUGUAUAUAACAGACUUGUUUUCUCCAUGUUUAACGUUUAGUUUCUAUGAAAUCUAAAAUGCAGAAUACAUGAUUUUGUCAAUGGUACUGACAUUGUGUUUGUGUCGUGCCUGAGUUGGCAGUAAUUACAAUGUGUUCCUUUUUUUAACCAUGCUCCUGUAUUUAACUGCUUUUUUCCAGAAGUGUUCAUGCUUUGCGAAUGUUCAGAGUUGUUUCGGUUUGCUCCCCCCUCAGAACGGUGUUGAAAAUGCCUUGUAUAUUUUGAAGUGGCCAUAGUGGGUGGACACUGAGAUCAACAAACCCUCUAAGCUAAUACACAAUCAUCUGCCCACUCCUUUCUUCAGCAUAUGUAUUGAUUUUUUUGUAGUCUGUACAAAAAGUUUAACGAUCAACAUAGGAAAAUAGCGGUGGGUGACGCUUAUGUUAAGUCCUAACAUAGUGCAGUAGAAAGAUAUGUGAAUUAAAAAAAAUCAAGUUUCCUUA